AUCAAUUCUAUUAUUACCCACCAAUCAGCCGGACUUCGUUCUUCUUUUAACCUCAAUGGAGAGAACGUCCAGUUUACGACGGAAGACGAGUGAUGGUGUCCUGGCAAAAGCAUCAAACUUCGGCCAGAUGCUCGAAGAUGUCAGAAAGUUAGCAUUGAGCAAGUCGUUGUGGGACGAUGAAAUGCAGAGAGAUUUGCCAAAGAAAUGGGAAAAGCAUGGAGAUAUGAUUGUUUUUCCACAGAAUACAUUUACCCAUAUCAAUUGGAGAUAUAUUGGUCGUGAACUGUGGGCAGUUGUUGCACAAUCUCUUAAUGUUGCUCGUGUUGGCCGAAAAAGGCUGAUUGAUGAGGAACGUACUCCUCAUGUUGAUCUUCUUCUUGGUGCAGAUGCAUGGGUUGAUUACGUGGAUGAACGUGGAAUCAAGUUUUGCUACGAUGCCACAAAGCGAGUAUUUGAAAACUCGAAAAAAGCAGAAAUGAAACGAAUCUCAAAAUGGUCUUGCCAAGGACAGACAAUUGUGGAUAUGUAUGCCAGUCUCGGUUAUUACACUCUCACAUUUCUUGUAUCGUGUGAAGCUAAACAAGUUGUAGCAAUUGAUUGGAAUGAUGAGAUUCUUGAAAGUUUAAUCAGAAGUGCACAAGUUAACAAUGUUGAUGAUCGUCUUCUUGUGAUACAUGGUGAUUGUCGUCGAGUGUGCCCUGAUCAAACGGCGGAUCGAGUAUAUUUGGGACUUUUACCGUCUUGUCGAGCACAUUGGUUGGCAGCCUGUAAAGCAUUGAAGCCAGAAGGAGGAAUUGUUCAUAUUAAUGAAAUUCUUGAUAUGACAGAAAAGAAAAAGACUCCUCAAAAAACAGAAAAAGUUGAAAAGAAGGUAGUAGCCGAGAAAAAGAAGAAACCAGCUGACGGAAAAGAAAAAACAGAUAAAGAUGCUGCACCGAAGAAAAAGAAGGUUCUUCGUCAAAAAACCCUUCCUGUGUUAUCUGCAGUUCAUGAGGACUCCAAGCCAGAAGUUGAAUCAACUUCCAUUCCAACCGCUCCGGAAUCGGAUGAGCCAUCGGAAAAUAAUUCAGAGACUAAUGGAACAGAAGGUGGACAAAAGAAGAAAAAGUUUAGCCGCUCAGCAUCAAUUGUAGAAGAAAUGGAAAACCGUGUGCUGCCAGAAGUUAAAAUAUGGAAAGAGUAUGAGAAUGAGGGAUGGGCCAGAUUGACAGAUAGACAUAGGGAAUUCGCAAAGGACUGUGCAGAUAGCUGUACUCGUUUCCUAAACAACAUUCAUUUGUCUGAUCUCAUGUAUUCAGUGACGGUUGUCAAUAUGAUAAGAUAUGGUGAAGUAUCGAAAGGAAAGGAACAUAUUGUACUGGAGUUGUUGUGCUGUCAACAAGAUGCAUCAGCAGAACAUUUGAUUUCUAAAUUCACUUCUGAAAAUUUGAAGUCUUGAAAAUUGUUUUGUUUUCUCUUGUUUUGUUGAACCUACUACCAAGGGUUGUGAUCUAAAUAUUAACCGGACCAAUGAUACCAAUGAAAAUUGUUUGAUUAG